CCUGGUCGUGGGCACUUGCAGGAGGUUGGAGGUUUGGCUCGGGCUCCAGGCUAGAGGGGAGAACCGAAGAGCAGGGGCCAGAGGCACCACCCCCCCUACCCCAGGGCUGGAGGUGAUUCCACACAUUAAGCAAUUGCUGCAAGAAUACACAGGCAAAGGAGGCAGAAUCCAACCCCGUAGAAAGCUGUUGUGGGAACAGAGAAGGCCGGGGUACGUCUUCGGAGGAGGAUACUGAAGCACGGAAACGCCCUCCUGCCCCGAAGAGGAGCAUCACAUGGUCGCCUGCUCCCCACAAAGAACUCAGAGGAGAAUUUAGGAAUCCAGCGAGAGGCGGCUCUGACCCGCGGCGGACUCCCAGGCAUGGCGUCCCGGAAGCGGAGCCGAGCCGUGAUGGAGGAGAGUGAGAUGGAAGAGGCGGGGCCUGCCUGGGCCGAGGCUGCGGGGAUCCCGGGCCCCAGCACGGGCUUCGGGCCGUCCUUCCCACCCAAGGUGUGGGUGGCAGGCGCGGUGGGGGCGGCGGGGGCGGCGGAGGCGGCGGGCGGCAGCGGCUUCGGGCGGGGGGGAGGCCUGGCCCCGCUGCCCGGGCCCCCGCCCUCGGGCCCUGCCCAGCCCCCGGAGGCCGAGCUGCCCAGCCCCCCGGUCUUCUGGGACCCGACGCUGAGCUCGGACUGGGACAAUGAGCGCGCCACGCCGCAGUGCCUGCUGCGGAUCAAGCGGGACAUCAUGUCCAUUUACAAGGAGCCGCCCCCCGGGAUGUUUGUGGUGCCCGACCCCCUGGACAUGACGAAGAUUCAUGCAUUGAUCACGGGCCCAUUUGACACUCCUUAUGAAGGGGGUUUCUUCCUGUUCCUGUUUCGCUGCCCUCCAGAUUAUCCUAUCCGCGCCCCCAGGGUCAAGCUGAUGACCACGGGCAAUAACACGGUGAGGUUUAACCCCAACUUGUACCGCAGUGGGAAAGUCUGCCUGAGUAUUCUGGGUACUUGGCCUGGCCCUGCCUGGAGCCCAGCCCAGAGCAUCUCCUCCGUGCUUGUCUCCAUCCAGUCACUCAUGAAUGAAAACCCCUACUACAAUGAGCCUGGCUUUGAGCAGGAGAGAAACCCAGGAGACAGCAACAACUACAAUGAGCUUAUUCGGCAUGAGACCAUCAGAGUGGCAGUCUGUGACAUGCUGGAGGGAAAGUGUCCCUGCCCUGAGUCCCUAAGGGGUGUGAUGGAGAAGUCCUUUAUGGAGUAUUAUGACAUCUAUAAGAUGGUGUGCAGAGACCGUCUACACCUCCAAGACCAGGCGAUGCAGAGUCCUUUAGGGGAGAACCGAGGCUACUUUGACUAUGAGUCCCUCCUGAUUCGCCUCGGGGGAAUUCGUCUGAAGGUGCAGGACAGUGCUGAAAUAUACUCUGAUAGCAAUUCAUCUGAAACAGAGACAGAUAUGCAGGGGAGCUCAAGAGCCUAGAUGCCCACCACCCCAUCUCUGGGAUGGAGCAGCACCACAUCUCCCUCCAGCCCCAGCAGCAUCCUGCCUGAGGCAAGAACCAAGAACACUCAGACCCCAGGGUGGGAGUGGACUGUUGUUUGCAACCUUCUUGGCAUCCUGGUACCAAGGACCAUUUUCAUCCCAUGCCUAGGGCCAAUCCCAAGGUACUGAUACAGGAGAGCCCAGAGCAUGGUUCUCUGGCAAAAAAACUGAUGGACAUUUCUGAUGGGGUUGGGAUCUGGGCCCCAGAAAGAAAAAACCCUGGACUUUCCCACAUGGU